AUGGAGCAAGAGCUCCCCCCUGCAAAUGGUCCUCUUGUUGGACCAAUCCCCAAGACAGCUGGAUUCCCUCCGAUGGGUGCUCAUGCUCCGUUUCAACCUAUGGUUUCACCAUCUCCAAAUGCAAUUGCUGGUUGGAUGACAAAUCCCAAUCCCUCUUUACCACAUCCUGCUAUUGCACAAGGGCCGCCCGGUCUUGUUCAGCCACCAAACACAGCGGCAUUUCUAAAGCAUCCAAGGACUCCUACAAGUGCGCCUGGCAUUGACUAUCAGUCUGCAGAUUCUGAACAUCUGAUGAAAAGAAUGCGUGUAGGCCAGCCAGAUGAGGUGUCAUUCUCUGGUUCAAGCCAUCCUCCCAAUGUUUACAGUCAAGAAGACCUCCCCAAACAAGUUGUUCGCACACUCAAUCAGGGUUCUAAUGUUAUGAGCCUGGAUUUCCAUCCUGUUCAACAAACUAUUCUUCCAGGUACAUGCUUCAAACACUUAGCUUGGUUCUUGAAUUUUUUACUUUGUUAG